CCGCUCUUCAGAGUCUUCUUAUCUGACGCCACUCCCGAACUUCCCUCGCCACCAACCCCUUCAAGCUCUUAAGAAAGGCGCCGUCUUUGCGUAAGUAACCACCAGCACACCCAACUUCAUCUGAGGGUCACGGUAAUCCUCGACGCUAGUAGCCGACAAAGACUGUCUCAUGAUGGUGCCCACGAAAGAGGUUGUCCUUUCUGCCGAAAGUGGAUAUGCUUUACGAAGGAAGGAGCUCCUGGCACUAGUGAAGAAACUACGCGCAUCGGGCGCUCAGGCCGACUUAGACUUACCACGAGUGGCUGUCAUUGGGAACCAAAGCGCAGGCAAGUCAAGUCUCGUCGAGGCCAUAUCGGGGAUUACUGUUCCCCGUGACGCUGGAACAUGUACUCGCUGUCCCAUGGAAUGCCGCCUUUCUUCCUCGUCCGAGCCAUGGCGUUGCCAGGUGUCCAUCCGGUGGGAAUUCGACUCGAGUGGUAAGCGCCGCAACGAAGUCCAGGAAGUCACGUUUGGAGGAGCCAUCACGAACAAGGCUGAUGUUGAGCUGAUGCUGCGCCGCGCUCAAGCCGCUGUCCUGAACCCGGACAUACCGGCUGUCAAAUUCGUCACGAUGAGUGCUGACAGCCUGAACGACGCCGGCGCUCUCCAGAAGAAACGCCUACUGUUCUCGAGGAACGUCGUUUGUAUUGAUCUUGCAGGACCUGAUCUGACAGAUCUCUCCUUUGUGGACCUUCCUGGUAUCAUCCAGAACGCGGACCCUGAAGUUGUGCAACUCGUGGAGAACUUGGUGAUGUCGCACAUCAAAGGCAAUUGCCUCAUUUUGGUGACCUGUCCCAUGAGUGAUGAUAUCGAUAACCAGAAGGCCCUUCGCCUUGCGAGAGAUGUAGACCCAUCCGGCCUGCGAACAAUAGGCGUGCUUACGAAGCCAGAUACGCUGACCGCUGGCGCUAUCAAGCAACAAGAAAACUGGCUGGACGUCCUCGAGGGCCGCAAUGCCCAACACCGGCUCACGCAUGGCUACUUCUGUACGCGCCAGCCUGACGAUGCUGACCGUCGCUCGGGCAUUACUGCUUCAAAGGCACGCAUUUCCGAAGCUGCGUUCUUCUCAAAGACUGCCCCAUGGUCACAGUCCAGCCAUCAGCACCGUUUCGGCACGCCCAAUCUUGUAAAGACAUUAAGUGCACUACUAACCCACAUCAUCGACGAUUCGAUCCCGAAGCUACAGAAAGAGGUCGUCCACCAGCUGACAACCUGCCGCGCGGAACUCGACGCACUCCCACCCGCCAUCACCGCCGACCCCGCCUCCUAUGUGCUCAGCCUUAUCACAAGCUUCUGCGGCCUCGUGGUUGCAUACGUCCAGGGCGGUCCGAGCACAGCACACUUUGUCCAACAGAACCGCGUCUCGUACGCGGCGUUCAAGCGCGCCGUGCGCGGGACCGCUCCGCCGUUCCUCCCCUUCCCCUCUGCCGCGGAGGCCCCUGGGCACGCGCUCGCGUACCUGGGGCUCGACCUCGAGGAGGAGGAGGACGGGUUCCAGCCGGUUGGGGAGACACCGGCUGGGGGAGCCCAGACGAAGCGCAUGUAUCUGCGAGAUGUCAAGCAGUAUAUCGCCAGAUCUAUUACUCGCGAACUGCCGAAUAACGUGCCGUAUCCGGCCAAGGUCGCUCUCAUCAAGGACUUCCAGAGCUCAUGGGGCCAACUGUGUCAAGAGGUCUUCGAUAACGUCGGAAAGGAUUUCCAAGACAUGCUGUCAGAGCUCAUGCGUAAGAAGUUCCAGCGCUACAGUCUCCUACAUUCUCGGGUCAACUCAGCGCUCCAAGAGCUACUGAUCAGUCGCAGGGAUGCGGCGUUGAUUCACCUUCAAAGUCUCCUCAAGCUCGAGUCUACGCCAUUCACGCAGAACAGCCACUAUCUCUCGGAGAAGACCUCGAAAACCCUUGCGCGAUUCAAGGAUGCGCGUUCAGGCAAAGACGUGAUGAUGGAUGAGAUCCGCCGCUUCCAUGCUCGUAAGCAGACGGGCGCACCAAGCAAACGACCUGAGGCCGACGGUACCGCUGCACAGACUGAUCAAAAUCCAUUCAACUUCGCGGGGCUGACGUCUACGAAAGAGCCGUUUUCAUUCGGAAAUUCGACCUUCCCUACGCCCAGCACACCGACGCGCCCUUCUAAUGCUGCGCCUGCUAAGAAGGCCCCGGCUGGGGCACAAAGAGGCACGUCGAAGUCACCAACACGAUCAGCUGUACCUACCUCUCCGACGCCACAGCCGCAAGCUGGACAGUCUACGUCGCAGAUUGAUGGCCUAGAGGCUGUGCAAGAUCGCGAGAAACUCGAGAUUGAAGCCCUGGCACUCCUGACAAAGCUGGGUUACAAAGGCCUGAAGGUCGAGGAUCUGGGGAAGCUCAACCCGCCGGAUGAAUUCGAAGAGGAGAUGCAAGUCAUGGCGGAGGUACGAGCGUACUUCCACGUUGCGUACAAGCGCGUCAUUGACUACAUUCCGCUCUCCAUCGACCAUCUCUUUUUGUACGGAUUGAGCGAGCGUCUGCAAGACACGCUGAUUGAGAAGCUCGGCCUCGGCUCUGUCAAAUCGACGGAACGCUGUGCCGCCUACUUGUCGGAGGACGCGAAUGUAGUCGCUGCCCGUACGGAGCUGUUGGGUAAGCGGGAACGGUUGGAGAGCGUCCAGAAAGAGCUCGACAAUUUCAUGUAUGCUUGAGUCUUGUCGUACAUAUACCUGCUUUGAAUAUGUCUUGGGUAGUCUCGUAGCCUCGUUGCUAACUAAUUAGUCCGUUCAUAUUGGCAUCUGCUCAUCACGCGGCCGAUUCUGUCGUACGCAUCUCCAUUGACUCGUGUUUCCGCUUCUUCCGGGGACUCCCGAGAUCUCGAUCAGGAUCGACGCACUGAAUAUGGACUGACCGGGCCCAGUGCCAGUGGGAC